AUGAACUCCUCGACUUUACCAUCAAUAUGGACCCUAUACCUCGAGGAAGUGCUGCCAGAGAUUCGAGCUAGAAAAAGACAAUUCUAUUCCCUCCUGCAAAUUGCACUCGUAUUUUUGACCCUCUGCCUCGCUUCGUCCCUAACAGCUGCCCAAAUACUAAUUCAAGACUGGGACGAAGAUUCUUCAGACCUAAUCUAUUUAGUAGAUCAUAUCUCACUGCAAAUAUUCAACGGUUCCACACCCGCUGCAGGAUAUUUCGAGGAACCCGAUGCUGAACCCACUCGCUCGAAUUAUGAACUCUGGAUAACAGUAGUCUUUGUCCUCGGCUUUUCCUUGUUUGUUGUUCUGAUCAGUAUUACGCUCUCUGCCCUGAUAUACUAUGAAAGCGAUCUCCCAGCAGCGCAUCUCGCCGAUACACGAGGGCGUGCAGUUGCAGUUACCACAUUGGAACCAGUACUCGCUCGGGCAUACAAGAUUGCCUUAUUGGGUUCAAAUCUAGUUUUUAUGUUUGUAGGAGUCAUUUCCGUCAAAUCGCUAGUCGGCUAUUUAUUCGCUGGCACCUUUAUUCUUUGCUGGCUACUUGGGGGAUUGCUCUUUUGGCGGAUGGACAGGCGUAAAAGCAAGAGAAAGGCCCGAGACCUCGACUAUGCAACUUAUUCCUUCACAAAAAUCCCAGGUCUCUCUGAAAGUCAGCAAGAAGAGCUUCCCGUGCUAACUCGUCUUUGUAUAACCGGUGCACAAGAGCCCGUGAUGCUCAAAUAUGUAGUGGCGCUUCAGCAUAUCAAUGCGUGGCGAAUGCCCAUUCCGUACCAGCUUGGUAUCAAGUCUCUCGGUUGGUACCUCAAUCGCUUCUUGCGAUAUGGCUCUCUUCCCCACGAGUAUCCCAAAACAUAUGACCGUGGAGAGGUUGAGUUACUUCCCAUACUGGCGGAGUGUGCGGCUGAUCAGUAUAUCUCCGGUCUCGACUAUGUCAGGGACGAAGACGAGGCAUGCUCUCAUACAGAGGCUCGAGAAGGUGGUAUCAGUGCGCUUUUUGGAGACCUUUCGGCUCUGAAACAUCCCUCUCGCAUAGAAUUGGACGUGAUUGUCCGACUUGUUCUCUGGAGGAAUCGAGCUUCAAUCUGGUCGUUGUCCAAUAACAGGACGAAGGUACUCCAAACGAAUCCUCGAUUAUGCACUUCAGCGACUUCGCAUGUACGCAAUAACAUCUCGGGGUCAGAUAAUGCGAAUUUCAUAAUCUGGGUGACCACAGAGCUUCCUCUCUUUGCCGACCUUAUCGGUAUCAGCGACUCAUCUCUCAGCAGCUAUGACAAGCUCCGCUUCUGCACACUCAUAUGUAGUAGUCCUUGGUUUCCGCACUAUAUCUCCCAAGGUGAUAUACGCGAAUAUAUUGUCGAACUAAUGGAGAAGGAAGCGCCGAACGAAACUCCAUCACAUCCAUACCUCAACCUGUGUCCUUUGAUUGAUAGCCUAGGUCGCGACGACGACGACGAGACGACGACGGCUAGGUUUACGGCUUUGCGUGGUCUUACCGUUUCAAGGGCCUACGCUCCUCACGUUACUGCUAUCUAUUCGGUGGUUUCGCUCGAGUCUCAAGUCGAGACUGUUGUUUCCCAGGUCCGAAACUCCUGGGAGGCAUGA